CCCCACAGCCAGCAUACACUGGCGAUCCUUCGUGUUGUUUGGCAACUCAGCGCCACUAACAUGGUCACGACAGAUGUCACUCGGCCUGCAAGGUGUAAAAAACAUCUGUAUGGCUUGUUGGUACGCGUCAAAAAUUUAAUUGACCAUUACCACGAACAUUUGCGACCGUUUCGUUCAAGCAAUACCAUCAUGUCGAAUCGCGAAAACGUGAUUGAUGCGCUUUAUAAGAGCGAAGAGUGGCUCGAGGCCAACAAGAAGACUUUCAUUUCCGAAACAGACACUGGCGUCAAGUUCAAAGAUAACUUCGCCGAUCUGCUUAUAUUGGAGUUGUCUCAUAGAUGGGAUUACGUAGAUCUUCGGAUACCAGAGCGACGAUGGCAUUACUUCGCUGUCAAGCCGGUCAUUGUACCCGCAGAUUAUCCCGAGGACAACGACACCAAUGCCGUCGCGUUUUCCAUUAUCAAGCCCAAUGAGUCAAGAGCUAAGGUAUUGAUUGACGAAAUCUUAGCAUGUAAGAACGCGGAUGGUAUUGUACAAGUUCACCUGGACCCAAACCGGCCCCGAAUAGCACCUGAAGUCAGUGCCAAUAUACUCUCGCUCUUCUACUGCUAUGGCCGUGGCCACGAAGUUCAAGAGUCUUUGAGCUACCUGCUUAAAGCAAUGGCAUUGGAGGAAUAUGAGGAGUCGCGAUACUAUUUUCUGCCAGAACCACUGUUCUUCUACAGCUGGCGCCUGCUCUGCAUCGCUUCAAGUUCCUCUAUCGGAACAGUGGACAAUCGGCGCCUGCCUAAGGAACUUCAUUCGCUAAGAGAUCAUCUGAUCAGACGCGUGAGUGCGCGUUUAGGUACUGCAAAGGAUAAUGCACUGUGUCCUGCAAUACGUAUCUUGAUCUGUCACUCGCUGGGGAUCAAGAACGAGGUUGAUGUCCAGAUCUUGCUAGACUUACAAGAGAAGGAUGGUAGCUUUGGGGAUGCCUGGUAUGUUAGGUACGGCUCAGCUGGGAUCAAGAUAUCUCAUCGAGCUUUUGGUGUCGUGGUCGCUACCGCGGCUCUACGGAGAGUCAAACAGCACAAGGUCGGGAUGAAACGGGCAAGAGUGAAUGGCGUGAAUGGGAUAAAUGGCACAAAGACUCAUUGA